UUCAACAUGUGACAUUGACAUUUCACCAAAAAAUAGAGCAAGAAAUUGAUAUCGGAAAAAUGUUCACAGCACAAAUUAAAUAAUUACGCAAAAAUUGCAACCUAAAAUCCAUUACGAAGCAUAAAUUAGGCGAGUGGACAGUUUGUGCGCUUGGAAAUUCGAUCCAAUUGUACAGUUUAAAGCGAAGAUGUUGUGAAAUAGGUGGGCACUUCCUCCGUUCGACGAUUGGCAAUGACCGAAUUACUUGCUGGACGAUGGCUCCGUCGCUACAAGCUAUUUUUCAUCUUUGUACUUUUGAUCCUAUGCAUUCAACUGUUUCUCGCCUAUUUACUGCCCAUCUUUGGUUCGACUGAUGACAUGAUCCUUUCCACAUACGGCAGUCAUACGCACAAAUCGAAAAAACAAAAUCUCAGGGACAGUGUCGCGGUAGACGAUGAAGAAAUCAGCAAUUCGAAUACAUACAGCUCUAAGUCAAAGACAUCCAAAGAAUUUAAAGAAACGACUGGUACGACCAAACGAUAUCAAUUACGAUUAGAUGAAUUGGAGUUUACACCAACCUGUGAUAUACAUACGAAAGAGGCUGUUUCGGCUAUUCAUAGAGCGAACACCCAGUCGUGCAAACAGACAAUAGCGAACAUUGCUUGUGCCAUACAGUCGAACACAUUUUACGCCGAAUCAUUGCCCAAUUUCUGUCCGACCGGGAAUUAUACAGCAAAUCGAUCGCUGGGAUGUUACAAGGACGAGAAAAAUUUCCGUGUUCUAUCCGGUUACUACAUGAACUUCAAAACGUUGAACACGCCAUCCAAGUGCAUCCAAUUGUGUUUACAGUCGGGUUUCCAGUAUGCCGGAGUUCAGUAUUCAACGGAAUGUUUCUGCGGGCACAACGAACCACUGGCCAAGUAUAAGUUACCGGAUCCCGAGUGUAACUACAAAUGUUCGGGUGAUCCAAAGCAAAUGUGUGGGGGAUACUUUACGAUAAACGUUUACGAAACGGGGAUCUUAAAGUUUGAUCCACAAGUUGCGGAACUGGUGCCCAAAGAGAAUGUGAACAAAGUGAAAAUUGCUUUUCUAUUAACACUUAAUGGUCGGGCGAUAAGACAAGUGCACCGAUUGUUAAAGGUGUUGUACGAUAAGGACCACUUCUAUUAUAUUCACGUUGAUGAGCGACAAGACUACAUGUACCGCGAGUUGCUUAAGCUCGAAUCAAAAGUAUCGAACAUUCGUCUAGCACGGACACGCUUUUCAACGAUAUGGGGCGGAGCCUCACUACUCAAAAUGCUUCUAACAGCUAUGACCGAACUGCUACAUCUGCACUGGAAAUGGGAUUUUGUGAUCAAUCUCAGCGAAAGUGAUUUUCUAGUCAAAACAACCGAUAAACUCGUGGACUUCCUAUCGGCCAAUCGUGACCGAAAUUUCGUCAAAUCGCAUGGACGUGAAGUGCAACGAUUCAUUCAGAAACAGGGUCUGGACAAAACGUUCGUCGAAUGCGACACGCAUAUGUGGCGCGUCGGUGAUCGAGAACUGCCGAAUGGGAUACAGAUCGAUGGUGGCAGCGAUUGGGUGGCAUUGUCUCGUGGUUUUGUUGAAUAUGUGACCGCGAGCGAAAAGGACGAAUUGAUCAGUGGAUUGUUGAAGAUAUUCCAUCAUACGCUGCUACCGGCGGAAUCGUUUUUCCAUACCGCGUUGCGUAAUUCGAAGUUUUGUGGCACCUAUGUGGACAAUAAUUUGCAUGUGACGAACUGGAAACGACGGUUGGGGUGUAAAUGUCAGUACAAGCAUGUCGUUGAUUGGUGUGGCUGUUCACCGAAUGAUUUCAAGCCGGAGGAUUGGCAACGACUGCUAGCAACCGAACAAAAACAAGUGUUUUUCGCUAGAAAAUUUGAGCCGAUAAUCAAUCAGGCCGUCAUACUGAAGAUAGAGGAAUGGCUGUACGGCCCAUAUUCUAUAGAUCCGCCGAUACCGAAUUUACGAAAUUAUUGGCAAAGCUUGUAUCACCACGAGGACACAAGCCCCAAAGCAGACGAUGCUUUGUUAUCGGUUGUGACUAGUCUUAUUCGAACACAAUUGAAAGCAUUCACAACGCACGCGCUUAACUACAACCGACUCAUCGAAGUGACCACAUUCAUGGAGAAUGAUCUGUACCGUGGAUUUUUGAUUCACUUCGAAACAACAUCCAACUGUAGUUUUGAAUUGUUGACACGUCCUCAGCAAAUUUCACAAGCAUCUCGAUCGUCACCGUUGGGAAAACGUAUCCGUUACCUUGAGGUGAGCACCGAUUUCGAUCAAAAAGAGCAAAUUUCCAGAAAUUUUGCCAAAAUUCUGGGUCCGCACUCGGAACCGGUUGUCGUUCUACAUCUGGGUGCAUCCGACAGCGAAAAUACCGUAACGUACAAUUUAACCGUUGUAUGGAUCAAUCCGACUGGGAAAAUAGCCGACAUAUCCGAUUUACAUAUCGAGGACACAAAUGUCAUGACAAUUCACUUUGGUAAAACUAAUAUGAAGCAGCCACUCCUUCCCGGCCAAUGGGUGGCGAAAAUAAUUCACCGAAAAUCGAUUCUAGCGCAAUGUACAUUCGUAGUCGUUCCACUUGCUACAACCACCGCAUCCACUCAUAACGAUGAGUUGAUUGAAACAGAUUUCUACGCGGGAAGCAAUUGGAACAUAUUUGCAUCAUCACCGAACGAGAUCGCAACGCUGGAACGGCAAGCUAUGGCAGACUCUCGCCGAGUCGGCUUAGACUUGACCGAAUGGAUCGACAGUUUAGUGGAUCGAUUUUUUGUUAUAAAAAGUGUUUGUGUUGUGGAUGAGAAUAAGAAGGCCAUUUUUGACGAACUACCAGUGUGUGGACAAACUAAUUGGAGCUCGAUGGCACCGGAUCCGAAAAGUGAUAUUUAUGUUGAGUUUAACAAGUUGGUCUAAUGCUGUGGUGAAGUUGCACAAUUUACCUGAUUGUGGUCCCAGAAAAAGCCAAAGGUAAAUUUGUUUUCUAUUGAAAUGUUUCUGCGCCACCAUCAUGGACUGGUAGUGGGACAGAAGUAAUCAAAGCAAUUUUGUUUGCUUUUGUUGCUAAUAAUAUCACAAAGAACUUCAUGAACAUAAUCCAUUUUUAAAUAGCCAUUUUUACUGAAGUUCAACUUUUCUUGUUGCUUCAAAACUCUUAGGUACUUUCAUUUACGACCAUUUUGGCCAUCAGACGAAUUAUCUAACUUUUUUUUAGAGUUCUAUGAUUUUCGUCGAAGAAUUUUCCUUCAUUGAAAUAUGAUAUUUUCGACUGGCAGAACAUUGAACACCUCGCUCUUAUCUUACAAAUUUAUUUAAAAAAAAUCUUACAAAUUUAGGUCUUACAAGUCGAGGUCUCACGUGUUGCCCUCUAUUCUACGACUUUGUCAAUUUCAUCGAGAUUUUCAAUGAACAUUGACAGACAUUUUCCUUUUAAAUGGCUGUUUCUCAUUAACACCUGUGCGGAAACCCCUCAUCCUUAAUACUCCUUUACUAUUAAGGAGGUUUGGAUUUUCUACCGAAUUUUCACUCGACAAAGAUUCGACAUUCCUUCCUUUAAAUUUGUCUGGUCAGAGUUUUUAGUUAUGCUGUUUCGCUUGUUCGAGCACCUACGGUACCUACCUAAACUUAUACUAUUUUACUCGCAACUUCCCAUGGAAACGAAAUUUCUGGUAAUUUUCACUUCCGACAGUGGAAAACCUUGCGUUAUAUUUUGACGACAGCCCUUUCUUCGAACUUUCCCGACUACGCACUUCUAAAAAAAGUACUCGCUACUGAUAAAAAUGUCCAAUCAAGGACGUAAUCCACUUUUGUCAGAUUUAAAAAAAAAAAACAAAUUUAAUAAAACCGAGGGCAAUCUGUAAAUAGGUAAACAGAUAUGAUAACAAUAACGAUAAAAGUGAGCUGCAUUACUAUUAAGUAUUAAUCGACAUUGAUUAUCCCAGAUUAGAUUAGAUUGAUUAUCCCAACGAACGAAUAUAAAUUUUCACAAAUAAAUUCUACGAGCUUUUAAAUAAUUAUAAAUUUUUAGAUAUUAAAUCACUCAAUUAUUGACAUUGUUGUAUUUUACAAUAAGUUAAUGGAUUGCUUACGAGAUGCUAUUGUAAUUUAGUUUUUUUUUGAAUUACUUGCAUAUUGUAAAGAAUCUCAAAUUAUGUGUCGGUAAACUACAAAAAUUCAACGUUUUGUCAAGAAUGUAAAAUUGGUUUAAUUCUAAGAAUGUUUAGCUACAAUGCAACUUGACCAAUCAAUAAACAAGACACGGAAUUAAUUUCCAACGCAUCGAACAACAAAAACUUUUCAUGUUUCAAGCACUUCUUUCGAAGCCCUGAGCAUGUAAAAUCCAUUACAUAACUCGGGACAAAAAUUAAUAAUUCUCUUUUUUCGUGUGCUCAUUGACCUCGGCUCAACAAAAUUCUCACGAAAACUCUAAUUUUCAACUUUUUAGCCCUAUGUUAUGUAAAAUAAUAAGUUUUCACGGCAAUCAAGUAACUUUUUUUUUGUGAUCAAUAUUACAAAAAAUGGUAUGUUAACGACAAGUCGAUAUCAAAUUACCUAUGGCUAAUAUGAGCAACGGAAUCAUGUUCUGAUAUUUUCUCUAAUUUUCUCUAAUUUCAUUGCAAAUUGCGAUAGAAUAUUCAACACUCGUUUUAUUUAGGCAAAGACUUUUAUCCCGAUGUAGAACAAAACCCCAGCAUAUGCCCUAAAAAUGCAAAAAAAAUAAUUUUGAACUUCAUUUAAAACUAAAAACUACAUUGAAUCUAGUAUGGUCUUCAUGGUACAGUACAAUAAUCUAUUACGAGAAAAGAAAUAAAGAAAUGAGUGUUGGAUAAUUUGCUUUUAAGAUAAAUAAGUAAAAUUUACGUCCUUUCACAGUGUUUGUUGUUUGUCAAUAAUUCGCAUUUAAAUAACUGAAAGAAGCUUCGCGCAUUUUUAAAUUAGAUCGAUGCAUUUUUGCCUUACGAUCCAUAGUCUUUAGAUGUCGAAUUCAAUCUACCAUUAUUUUUUUUAAUAAUUACUUUACUCUCGUCAUCCACUUUAUGUGUAACAUAAGUAAUCGCUACAUAUUUCAAAGUAAAACUAUUUUUGUAAAUUACGAAAAGAAUGAAAAUAUAAAAAAAUGAAAAAAUAAUUUUUAAGGGUCAUUCAAAUUGUGUGUGAAUGGCCGGUUUAGUGUAAAUAAAAUCUGAAUAUUAUUGUACAUAAUGACGAUUCAUUUGCCAUGUUAAAAAAGAAAGAAAACUGUUGAAGAAAAAAAGAAGAAGAAAAAAGCCAUAAAUUGAAACCGGUAUGGACAUUGUAAUUGUUGUAGUCAUAUUAAAAUACACAAGCGAGAAACAAAAGUAUAAAAUCGACAUUUAUUAAUUUAAAAUUUUUAUUUUAACAAUAAAUAUUAAUAUAUUCUAUAACACACAUACUCUCAACUGAACUCAAUCCAAACAUAUCCAAGUAUUUUGUAUAUUGUUUGAAGAAACGAAAACCGAAAAGCAUUACUACACACCUUUGUAUUGAAAACUAAAUUUAAGUGACAUUUUGAAAGAAUAAAAUUAAAAUUAUUACAC